UAGCUUGUGAUUUUUUUUUUUCGAAAAGAAUAAGAAUACAAAAAAACAACAAGUAAGACGAUCGCUCGAUAUACUCGAAACAGCACUAAUAAACAGAAGAUAGGGAAGCCAAAGCUGCAGUCUCUAAAACUGUUGUUUGACGUGCACUUCCUCGUCGCGCACUCUUCAAAUAAAGUUGCGCACCUCGGGGUGAAUAUCAAAAAGGCAACCAUCUUUGAAUAAUAGCCGAUUGGCUUCGCUUGUCGACGUUUCCGAGAGGUUCAUAACGCCAAGGAUCUUCUUCUUCGAAGUUACUGUUACACACCAGCGGCAAACGCAUCCUGGUCCAGCGGAGUCGAGUCUUGCUCCUACCUGCGUCCAUUGAUAUUGGAACGAAGAAUAACGAGCAGAACGGACAAAACCAGGAAGCUUGUCCUCAACGUGCGGACGGCACUGCUACUUGAGUUGAACUUGAAUUACAACUACGAGUGCCAAGGGAGACAAGGCUGUAAAACUACCUCUUCCCUGAUAUAUUGUGCAGCUGGAAGACUACCGGAACGUACUUGUCCAAGAACCAGGAAGGAGUUUGUUCUCUAGGUGGGAGCAGCAGCAGUGCAAGAGCGAAUCCGGUCCCGGAUGAGCCGAAAUUUUUGAAGUUGUGUUAAAAGCACGCUACUGGCGGCGUCCCGAGCAGUACGGCGGAGGGUUUGUACAUUGUGCAGUAGUGCCACAGCUCGUCGUCGUACAACUUCCAGAAAUAAAAUCAGAAUAAAGCGUGCUGAACAGCGUGAUUCCGACUCGCACUACCAGGGGGUACUAGGUGAACCUGGUUUAUUUACCACAUCAAGCAGUUUUACAGAAGCUGCCAUCAAAACGGCCCCGUGGAGGUUCAGCAACCACUUGUGCAUCACGGCCACGUCCUUUUCCUUCACAGGAAGAGCUGUUUUGGCUACCACUACAACACAGAUUUUGCUGUGCAGUAAAUGUCCCUGUGCUGUUGGACCACUGCAAGAAACCACAACUUCCCUGAUCCCGGAUUCAUUGCAGAAGGAGGUCCCCGCGUUCGAACAAUCGGUUUCAGGAUCCGAAACUUCUCGUUCAGGAGUUUGCUUGCGGUGUGGGCGACCAUCACCAGCAUCUGUUUCUGUGCAUUUAGAGCGGGAGAGUCCGCAUUAAUUUACGGAGAACAACGGUUUAGGUUUCGACUCUAACUACGACCUACUCUAAGCACGACCUGCAGGCGGGCUUUGAGAUGCAGGUCGACGUUCCAGUAUCCUGCUGACGACGUGGCAGUGUUGUUUGUCAUUCUAGUAUCAGUCAGCACUUGCUUCUUCGCUACGCCACACCAGGAGGACGCAGUACAAGAUCCGGAUUCAUUUGCGACGCAGAUUGACUACAACUAGUAGGAGCGCCGACUUGUUUAGUCUGGGCUAGUACACGAUGAUAUCAAAUAAUUUAGCUCCGGAUUCGACGAGAAGCUGACGGCAAUUUGUCAUGCUGAUGCGGAUUCGAGAAGCUGACGAAGGGAUCUCGUGCGGUUGCGACUACGUCAGCGUGGAUUUGUCUUGCUGAUUCGGAAGUACGAGCUUUGGAUUUCGACCAGGUUCUCCGAUUCGAGAAGCCGGCGUGACUGAGAACACUGGACCCAUCAUCUCCAAGUCGUGGCUUACAACUUUGGUUCUUUGGAGAUCACGUCCUCUUUCUAGGUCAGCUGCAACCAAGUAUUUCCGACGCGAAGGUGUACUUGGAAGAGUAACGAGGGUGCCACCGGGACUGUGUAUUUUGCGUCCCGCUACUAUAGUAGAUAGUGCAUCUGGCCAAGACCACAACUCCACUUACCACGUGCUCGUCCUCGUGGUACAGGGUGUAGUGCUGCGGAAGAGCAACCACCGGUGUGGCAGCUCACAGGUAUUUCAAACUUUUUUGUAUAAAUGCGGUUCGUAAGACGAGAUGCAAUAUCCAUGUUUUUACUUGGAAUAUUCACCCCAUAUCGUAUGGCAUGGGGUGAACAUGAAGCAGAAAUUACCUAUCUGCAACAAAAAACUUGAACACAGGCGCAUCUCGGCGCGCUGGCGGGACGCUGUGACAUUCAUCUUCACCCGAACCGUGCACGUGAAGCGUCGACAAAUUUCUGGCACACACGAUGGAAGAGGCAAAAUGGACGAGAUGGUAUUGGUAUGGGAGUGCAUGAUUACUGCCUCUCCCCCUGAUUUCCUUUGCGCGAGUAGCAGCAAAGAAUGUAGCUCCAGCACACCAAAUCAUCCAAGCACGGAUGACACUGUUGUUUUUCGACAUGCUGCAACCUGUCAUGCAAUUCAGGCCUGCAUGCAAGAUAACAACUGCUGAGAUUCGGAUUUUAUUUUUAAGUAUGUUUUUCUUUUUUUGCAUGACAAAUUCACGGGAGAGAGACGGAGUUGUGCACUGUCAUAGUCGGGGCGUGGACCAGCACGGCGUGCACUUCCGGCUCCUGGAUUACGUGGAAACGGUGCAAAAAAAGCCCCCUCCCAAGUUUGUCAAGGUUUUCCGCGAGGGAGCAGGUGGCGGCAGGGUGAUGCACGAACUGACCUUGAAGGAGUUCCAGGCGUCAACCUUCCUGGGAGCGGCGACGCCGGAUGCCGUGCCCGCGGGCUCAGCUCUACGUGAUGUUACAAACAAACAGCUAGAAAAGGAAGGAGCCCUGCUCGUGCCCCCUCUGGACUGGGCGCGCGGCGCGCACGGCAAGCAGCAAGACGGCACAAUAUUCCUCUUCCUCGACAGCAGCACAAACCUUGGCGAGCCAGAAGAUGAAGUGGUAAUCGCAACGGAAACCGGCAAUGAGAUGGUGGCGACAAGAAUAAUCCUCGAAGAAUCAACGAUCAUCAGUCCAACUGCGGCCGAAAUUCCCACGGAUUCGAGGCUUCAGCGGGCCGAUUGGAAUCAGUAUCGCAUGACGGAAGAAGCGAAGAAGAAGCGGGCACAGGUGAAGCAAGAAUACCCGAUGCAAACUAUAUCUGUUCUUCGUGUGGAAAGGUGAAGUGACUACUUCAAGAGCCAUGAUUUCCUAGCCUUUCCGGUCCUCACAAGCAUGGCGAGUGAUAGUUUUCUUGUAGAGAACAUGAUGCAAUUAAUAUUAGCCUCGAAAUACUACUUAUCUAUCAAUCUAUUGCGGAUUCAAAAUUGAAAUUCUCGAAGAAGUAGAGAAAGAUGCAAUCAUUCCACACCCUGAAUGGCGUAUGAUUUGCAACCGAUAAGCGUCGAGAGAAAAGCCUGAAGCCAGAAAAGGAUGCGGCCGGUCUGCGAUUGAAAGUCACGACUGAUCGUGGGGACGCAGGGAUCACAGAGGCGCGCCUCUACCCGUGUUGCGCCAGCUGCAGUACGCCACUGUAUAAUUACCACGACAACUGGACCGUGUCCGCGGCGGGCGAGAUUAUCUGCCGAGAAUGCAGCAGGCAGCAGCCUCAGAGGCCUGCGACCCGGCAUGCAGGGCAUCUCACCGUGGACGUGUUCAAGCAGAAGGCCCGGGAAGAGCAGGUUCGAGCAAGCAAAUAUGUACCCGCCAAACGGUUCGGGAAGAAGACACGCACUCAGCAGCACAGCUCCCGCAAACUGUUCAGCGUGUAUGACACGAAGUGGCACCUGGGUCGCAGUCUCAAAGUGGAGUUGUGCGCCGUUGCCGACCUUGCCGCCGGGACGUUCCAGUUGGCGGCGAGAAAAUAUCUGCCGCAGGAAGCGAGUAGUGCAGUGAGGGAAGCGUUCGAAAAGGAGGCCAAAAUCCUCCAAAAACUGCAGGGGCAGCCCCACGACAACGUCCUGGCCGUGCUGGAUCUGGAGGGGUCCAGCAUUUUGUGCGCCGCCCUGGUCCCGGCAGUCGUCGGCCUGCCGGAGGGAACGGGGGCCGGGCAGCUGCUGAAGUUCAACAAGGACGGCCUGCGGGCCCUGUUCCACCUCGAGGCCGUCGGCUACGCCCACCGAGAUCUAUGCACUGCGGACCUGUUUGGGUCUGGAAAGGCGGCGCCCGUUUUUCGCGUGUGCCGUGUACCCCUUUGCGUGGAAGGCCUCGGCCGCAUGAGGAGCCGCUCCUUCUUUUGUUAUGCAAUAUAUAACCAGAUCGGCGACUUGUAACUGUAAUGUGUGGCAGGUAGCAAAAGCCAAAACCGAUCCGCAUGUAUGUCGUGUCAGCUUGGCAGCCAGUGCAAGCGCUCCAGCCGUGCGCAAGUCAGCGCCACAGGUUUUCAGAUCCAGACAGGUUUGCUUUGGAUAAGAUUUGAAGCUGCAAAACGUUGGCUACGGCAGGGGUUUCCCUUCGACUCUCCACUUCGUGUUGAUGGACAUGGGCGAGGCAAAAGAGGUCGCCGAACUUCUUGCAAAGCGGGACGAAAAUAAAGAAGACCGGGCGAAGAAGAUUAGCGAGCGCGCCAUAAUUAUCCCAUGAAAAAAGUGCUUCGCUGUGAUUGUUUUGCGAGAUCUGCGGCGCAAGUUUGUUUACACAUGACACAGAAAAUUUGCCGUGCGCGCUUCUCGACGGAAAACACGGCUGAAACUUCCACGUCUUGAAAAUGUAGCAAGACAAAUAGUUCUGUGUCCCAUUUUGGCAAAUGCAAAUAUGUCUGGGUCUCGAAACUUGGGGCGCAUGGAAGGGAGUAGUGAAAACACUGUAAUGCGCUGUCCAGCAUGACAAGUUUUGCCGUGGUUCUGAGUUGCGUACUCCGUAUGAGACACUGAGUGUCUGCAUGACAGGCAAGAGGAGCUCUGCGCGGCCACGCAGUACAGAGUUCAGAGCCGUGCCAGACUAGCAUGACAAAUCUCGCAAUCGUCCACACCCAGACAUAUUUGCAGAUGCAGUCCAUACAUUUUCUGCAUCACAAGUUCACAGUGAAGCAGUUUUUUCUUGCGAUAAAAAUUGCGGACUUCCCGUCUGUGCCGCCCGAGCAAGGGGGUUUCUACAUCAUGAACAUGGAGAUCGAAGCGAUAUACAAACGCGAGAAAAAGCAGGAUCCGAAGCGGGGCGUGAUUGUGGAGCAUCCGAAGAAGCUGUUUCGCUCCCUGUACACGAAAAGCUUCGCCGCUUACGAAAAGUCGUCGCCGAUAAUCGAAGACGCCUGGGGCCUUGGAGUCGUUGGCGCGAGCCUCGCGGUGCCGUCGUUUGCUCAGGGUCCAGUGGCUGACCGCGUGCGCGGCGUGCUUGGGGACGCGAAACACAUCCGCGGCACGGCUAUUGACUACGUGCUUCCCUUCUUCCCCCUGCCCCAGGGCGGUGCGCUGGUGUUAGACGCUUCGAGCGGGGAUCAUAUGACCUUUCGGCUCCGAGAUGUAGCACAGGCCAAGCCACCGGCCGGCGAGGGGGUAAAGCGGCCGGCUAGCGCGGGGGCUGCCGGGAGACUGAAAAAGCACAAAUCGGGCGACAGCACUGCCUCAAGUGCCGGGAGCCCCGAUCUGCCGGCCUUCCACGUCGGGUUUGGUCCCGCCGUGUCUUCUUCCUCUCCCGCAUCGUCGCCAACAGAGCCCAUCACUGCGCCGCUGAUGGGUGGGGGGUCGUCAUCCUCUUCGAGCUCCUCGGCAGCCGCAUCACCUGCAUCGACUUCCUCCUCCUCAGCAUCAAGCUCAUCGUCCUCAGCUUCCUCCUCCUCGGCGCUGGCAAAUCCUGCGGCCGCAAAUGUUUUCGCGCUGGAGAAGCAGGAAGAGCCGCUCCGUGGUGGGAAAAAGAUGGCAAAGGCGAUGAAGGCAAGGCCGAAGAAGCUUCCGUCGUUGGAAAUAGACCCGAACGGGGACGAUGAAGAGCGCGGCCUCCAGGGAAGCAAGAGCGACAAUUUGCUGCACGAGGGCGGCGGCUUCAACAUUUUCGGAAAGAAGAACAGCGGAAAGGAGGUUUUGAUGGUGGACGAGGAGCAGCCACAGCCGGUUGGGGGACCUGUCCUGCAGCGUGACGACAAGGACAAAAAGUUUUUGAACAGCGAUAAUAUCUUGCGCAAAAAUUACUUAUAUACCUGGGUCCAGGUCAGUGUUAUGCUUGCAUUUGUCGCACUAGAAGCCAUUUUUCACACUAUGUAUGUUCUUCCAUAAUGUAGUUGUGGUUGUCCACGUGCACGUGAAGUAAAGUAACUAUGUGUUCCGAUGCACCAACAAGUAGUGCGAAGGGUUGUUUUAUUCCAAGCACAUCCUGGUGUCAUCUUCAACGUCCGUAUACGAGUAAUAGCGUUCGUUUCGUGCACGUGGACUUUUCCUCGUGCCGGACCAGGACCAGGCAUGAUUUUCGUGUAGAAGGUGCAUAUCGUACAAAAAGAGGAAUAAAUUGGAGCGACAUGGCGCGAACGAAGAAGCGGGGCAGUACGAAAGCAAGCCGGUCGUUGAUGUGGUGGAACAACAACAACAAGCAGAUGGAGCGAGAGAGGAGAAACAACAAGCCGAUGACGAGAAGGAGAAAGAACGGAAACUCGCAGAACAGCUAGCCAUCCUUGAAGCGAGGAAAGAACAGGUAGCCAUCCUCGAUAAAGAACUGGAAGCACUGUGGAUGGACUACGGGUAUCCCGGAAUGCUGCAAUCCUAGUGCUCUCAUGUAGCAGGUGCUGUUGAAAAACUGCAACGCUUCGUAGGAAAGCGAAAUAUCACACACUUGAUUUGUACUGCUGGUUGAAUUGAUCAUAAAUAUCCCACCUAUGUCCUUUUCGUCGAUCCGUGCUUAUGAACGAAAAUACUAAAAAAUCAGAAAUUUAUAUUUUUUGCAGGAGGUAGAAAAAUGUAGUGCAGUUUCCUAGCCCCUGAAAAGAUGAAUAGCGCAAUAUUUUUGCAAGUGCAGAAGCCGGUUUCCUUGCGCGCUUACAAUAUUUACGCGCGGUCGCGAGAAGUGCCCGACAACUCGACGGGUCCAAACCGCGUCCUACAGUACUGGCGACUGCUGAGCAACCUGCUUCCGGAGAAAGAAAGGAACGGAGACCGGAUUGGCGAACAAGGGCUUCCCGCACUAGCACCGGAGCCUUAUGCAUUGCAGAUAUGUCCUGUAGGGAACCAUGCAAACUUCUGAUGCACAUUUGAGAUCACGCACUCGCAAAAAUCUGUCAUGCAUGAACCGCAAAAGCGGCCUCGUAGCUGUAGCUCAAAGAUUUGUCAUGCGGACUAGGCAUUGGAAGGUCGACGUUUGAAUAAAAAUUGUGAUGCUAGGUCUUGCUUGCCAGACCUCCUGGGUCACCCUGAAACAGCAUGCGAAUCGUCAGUCAGUAGCAUUCCAGAAGCUCCGGACAGAUUUGCAAUUCAUAAUCCGCGAGCGCUGACAACAGACGAUACGGAAAAUCGGAUUCCCACGAAAGACGAGACGGAGCUGGUGGAUUUUUUGAACGGCCUGCUCUCGAUUGACCCCGUGAAGCGGGGGGCGUUUGUCGACAAAUGGCGGAAGGAAUUGGCGUAGAAGAAGAGCGGGCGAUGAGAAUCAGAAAGUCUAAGUUCCAGCCGAAGUACUUGGUGUAGUACUUACGCGAAAGUCGUACUCGGAACCGUCGGCAAGAGGAAAAACACUGCAGAAAAAAUGUGGAUGAAGAGGAAAAUCAAGAAAACCAAAAUUAAAAAUUUAUUCUUACGGAAGAUGAAGCUUGAUAGAAGUCAACACUUUACUAAUCCUGUCAAAUAGAUUUGGAUGUUUGUCAAGCGCUUUAAUUCCAAAAACCCUUGAUGAGAACAGGACAAGUACAUGUGGAGCGAGCGCAUGUUUGCUGUCGGGGUGCAGGUCCUAAGUGACGAACACCGUCGACCUCGAGUUUUCUCUUGAUUGACAACAGUGUGAUAAGAAGUAGAAACAGUAGAUGAAAUGGCUCGUAUUUCGCUGCUGCACCGAAGAAAAGAUCCGUGGUACCCGUCUGAUGGUGAAGCGAAA